CUUUGGUGAUCUGUACAUCCACCGCCGCCACCGCCACCACCGCCACCACCACCACCACCACCAGCUACCUUUCCUUCAUCGCCUUUUCGUCUUCUGAAACUCCGACGUCUCUUUUCAACUGUUAUCUUCCUCUGCAAGCUACUUUUCAUCCUCCCUAAAUCUUUCAGUGCUUUCACUUAACGCGCACUCCGGGAAUGUGUCGAGCACAGGAGUGGGCUUAUGCAGCCCUUUUGAUCCUGUGCUUCUCGUCGUCCGUGCUACUUGUCGGUGCAGCAAAGCCGGUUACCCGCCCCUCCGAAGUGGACGCUUUGCUCGAGAUCAAGAGAAGUUUGUUGGAUCCUAAUGGGAAUUUGAGCAACUGGAACAGAGGAGACCCUUGCAUUUCGAAAUGGACUGGUGUUCUGUGCUACAGUUCCACAUUGGAUGAUAACUAUCUACAUGUUGUUGAAUUGCGACUUCUAAAUUUGAGUUUAUCAGGAAAUUUAUCACCUGCGCUUGGUCGUUUAUCUUACCUGCAAGUUUUGGACUUCAUGUGGAAUGAGAUAACUGGGGGAAUACCAGGAGAGAUAGGCAAUAUAACGUCCUUAAAACUGUUGCUUCUAAACGGGAACCAGUUGUCAGGUUCAUUGCCAGAAAAUCUUGGGAAUCUUGUACAUUUAGACAGAAUACAGAUUGACCAGAACCAUAUAUCAGGACCAAUACCUAAGACAUUUGCAAACUUAAAAGCAAUAAGGCAUUUCCACAUGAACAACAACUCUAUCAGUGGUGAAAUCCCAUCUGAGCUAUCUGAAUUGCCCAGUCUUAUCCACAUACUCCUUGACAAUAACAACAUAUCAGGGAAACUUCCACCCGAGUUGUUUCAAUUGCAAAACUUAGAAAUACUUCAACUUGACAACAACAACUUCAGCGGGUCCACAAUACCAGAUUCGUAUGGGGAUAUGAUUACAUUGCUGAAAUUGAGUCUAAGGAACUGUAGUUUGCAAGGACCAAUUCCUAAUCUGAGCAGGAUAAAGAACCUGGGUUAUCUGGAUCUAAGUAACAAUCAACUAAGUGGAUUCAUACCACGAGACAAGUUUUCUGAGAAUAUUACUACCAUCAUUUUAUCAGACAAUCGUCUUACUGGCACCAUACCAUCCAGUCUUUCGGAUCUACCACUUCUUCAGAAAUUGUCAAUUGCAAAUAAUUCAUUGAACGGCUCAGUUCCAUCCUCCAUAUGGCAAAACAGGACGCUCAAAGUUUUGGACAGCCUUACAGUAGAGCUGCAGAACAACAAAUUUUCAAAUAUUUUGGGAAGCAUCGAUCUCCCUCAGAACGUCACUGUCUGGCUUCAUGGGAAUCCUGCUUGUUCUAAUAACAGCCUGGUGCACUUCUGUGGAUCUGAGCGUGAGGAUAUAAUUGACAUUCCAACAAAUAAAAGUCUUGACUGUUCUGAUUCAAUAUGCCCACCUCCUUAUGAAUGUUACUCGGCAAAAUGUCCCUCAUUUUGUGUCUGUUCUGCACCUCUUCUUAUUGGAUAUCGUUUGAAAAGUCCCGGAUUCUCACGUUUUAGUCCAUAUCAAAAAAUGUUCGAGGAGUACCUGACCAAUGGUCUUACAUUACGUCUUGAACAAUUGGACAUUGGUUCUAUUGUGUGGCAAAAGGGGCCUCGAUUAAGAAUGAACCUGAAGCUUUUCCCUCUACAUGUUGCCGAUAACAAUAGUACUCACAUGUUCAAUGACAGCGAGGUUGUAAGAAUUGUUUCCAAGUUUACAAGUUGGAACAUUUCAGAUAGCGACAUAUUUGGACCGUAUGAACUUCUCAGCUUGACAAUAUCCGAUGUUUAUAAGGAUGUAUCUAUUCCAUCACCAUCUGAUUCUACUAUGAGUAAAGGGGCAUUGGCUGGAAUAAUAUUAGGAGCAAUUGCUGGUGGAGCAACGCUAUCUGCAAUUAUUUUUAUUUUUAUCGUAAGAUUACGUGUGAGGGGCCACCACAUCUCAAGAAGGCAUCGUCUGUCAAAAACCUCCAUACAUAUUGAGGGCGUAAAGGAGUUUGGAUACCGUGAAAUGGCUCUAGCUACAAACAAUUUUCACGAGUCCACGGUAGUUGGUCAAGGUGGUUAUGGAAAGGUGUACAAAGGAAUUCUAGCAGAUGGCACUGCUGUUGCUAUCAAACGUGCACAGGAGGGCUCACUACAGGGUGAAAAGGAGUUCCUAACUGAAAUACAAUUAUUGUCAAGAUUACACCACCGAAAUCUUGUGGCUUUGAUUGGAUAUUGUGAUGAAGAAGACGAACAGAUGUUGGUUUAUGAGUUUAUGUCAAAUGGCACGCUGAGGGAUCACCUUUCUGUACGUUCUGCAAAACCUUUGAGUUUUGCCACAAGAUUAAAAGCUGCCCUGGGUGCAGCUAAGGGAAUUCUGUACCUUCACACGGAAGCUGAUCCCCCAAUAUUCCACAGGGAUAUCAAGUCCAGCAACAUAUUAUUAGACUCCAAAUAUUUGGCAAAGGUUGCUGAUUUCGGACUUUCACGACUUGCACCUCUACCAGAUACAGAAGGCGAUGUGCCAAAUCAUGUAUCGACGGUAGUAAAAGGGACACCGGGUUAUCUCGAUCCAGAGUACUUUUUGACUCAUAAAUUGACAGACAAGAGUGAUGUUUAUAGUCUUGGUGUCGUGUUUUUAGAGAUUUUAACUGGGCGGCACCCGAUCUCACACGGCAAGAACAUCGUUAGAGAGGUCGACCGUGCAUAUCAGUCUGGAAAAAUUUUCUCGAUUGUCGAUGGUCAACUCGGAUCUUAUCCCCUUGAAUGUGUUGAAAGAUUUGUGACUUUGGCUCUGAAAUGUUGCCAAAAUGAAACAGAUGCACGCCCUUCAAUGGCAGAAGUCGUUCGAACACUCGAAACUAUCUGGCUUAUGCUGCCCGAGUCUGAUACGAAAGUUGCAGAGCCUCCAAUGACGAACGUCGUAAAAAUGACCAGUCCUCCAUCUUCAUCAUCCAACAUGAAUAACUAUUACACAUCAGAAGUCUCUGGCAGCGACCUUGUAAGUGGAGUAGCUCCCACCAUCACACCCAGAUAGAAAACGUUAUUAUUUCCUUAAUCGACACUUAAUUAACAAGCUUAAUCUCAGUUUGUAUAUAGUUUUUAGACAAGAUUGUUCUUCAAAUACAUUAAAUCAUUGUAUCUUCAGAGCAUAAUUUUUGGUUUACUAUUAAGAAAUACAUUUCAUGUGGUUCAUGCACUUGCUAAUGUAAUUAGUGUGGUUAGAUUUAUUUAUUUCUCGUUGUUAUAAAGUUAAUAAAGAUUGAUUGAAUGUAA